AUGUUGGAUGAAUUAUAUGUCUUUGAAUGCCGUAAUGUCUCGAGUACUUGUACAAUUACACCAUCUAAAUGGUACAAUUAUACAUCAUCCAAAGUUACCGCACAAUUUCUGAAAGAAAUUUCGAUUGUGGUUCAAUCCGGUGAGAUCCAUGGUAUUAUCGGUAGUGCUGGUAGUGGUAAAACGACAUUAUUGAAAAUAAUCUCGGGAAGAUGUUGUGGAGAAUUUACGGGUACAAUAACACUUAAUCAACAACAACUUACACGUCAAAUGUUUGAUUCUAUUUGCGCAUUUGUAAAUUUCAAUCAGGCGCUAAUUGAAACGAUAAGCAUUCGUGCUAUGCUUAAAUUUCAAGCUGGUAUAAUGAUUUCCGAUCUAAAUGAUCAAGAAAUAACAGAAAGAAUAAAUUUACUCCUUCAAGAGUUUGAUCUUAUUACUUAUCAAAAUAUUUUAAUUUGUGAUCUAAAUGAAUCAGCAAGAAAACGUUUAUUAUUGUGUAUGCGUUUGAUUAGUAAUCCAAUUUUAAUCAUUCUGGAUGAACCAACAACUUGCAUAGAUGCAUUAAGUAACUAUCAAUUGAUGUAUGCAUUAAGCACAUACGUCAAAAGAACUGGAACGAUGGCUAUAAUAGCUACACGUACGUUACGAUCUGACUUAUAUCAGUUGUUGAGCCGUGUUACGAUUUUAUUUUAUGGUGAAACAAUCUAUUCCGGUGCAACUCAACAAUUACCACUGUAUUUCAAUCACAUCGGUUUUCCAUGUCCAAUAAAUGAAAAUCCUGCUACUUACUACUUAUCUCUUGUAAUGAUUGAUCGUGAAACGACAGAAAGAUAUCGAGAAACACAAGAACAAGCUUUAAAAUUGAUUGAUCUUUUCAAAGUAUCCAUAAUUUAUUAUUCCAUUUUCAAAUUAUAA